AGAUAGCUGAGAAAUAUUUAUAUACUAAACGUAUCCCAUGCUACAACUAGCCUUCUCCCGCUUCCCGUGUUCAGUAACCUGCAGACUUAAUAGUAUUCCGCUAGAUGAAUAGUAGCACUCAGCGUCUCUCUGUGGAGAAUCGUUGUCGGCGCUUCAGCACAGGCAGGCCCAUCUGCCGGCGAUUUUCAAAGCGCCGGAACGGCUUUGGCGCGAUCGAUCCGGCGCCGGCCGGCGCGGCGGGCAGGUUGCCCGCUGCCGUCAUCUUGCAUGCUGGCGCCGGCGGGGCCGCGAUCUGGCGGCGGGGGGCGGGCAUGGUCGGGC